AUCGAUUGUAAAGACACCCGGAUAAUAAGUAAGUAACGGCAAUGGCCACGGGUACACAAAAACAUAAUAGUUGCACCCAAAAACAUAAUCGAACCGCUGGUUUAACGAAUUGCAACGCCCUUCGGGAACGUCUGGAGAAGUUUCUGCAUUCACCACACCGCCAACACAGGUAAGCGAACGCUGGAACUCUUAAUGACACGACUACUAUCUACUAUUGUUGGCGAGCGGUUAUAGCACCAACCGUUGAAACCAAUACUAUGCUUCACGCAAAAUACAGAUGUACAGUUAUGCUGCGUUUCUACAGGGUAGCGAUCAUCUCUCUCUUUCUCUCACGCUCUCUUUCCUUCACACACAUACAAAUUCUAUAUUAUUUCCCUCUCGCGACGUCUAUCCAGCUGGCGCACACAGCAUCGCGGUUGUGUAGGUCGCUUCGUUUCGUUGCCGUGUUUCAGGAGGUUCCGACGUUGAGACACGCGGCAGCGGUAGGGAAAACGCAGCACAGCACUCGACAUCCGUACGUCCUCGCUCUUCUGCCGUUACGCGCUCUGUAGAGAUAUGUCGCGGUGGUAGACAAUCCAGCGCUUUUCCAUCCGGGUCCAUAUACUUGCGUGUCGUCUGUCAUUCACCGAAGGGGCCUGCACCGUAGUAGCACGAAAACCUUAGCAUGAUGCGUUGCAUUGUGCGCUGCUGAGCUGUAAUCAUCGAAUAAGCGGCGAAGCAAUAGAUCAAGCGAAAGCUUGGUUGAGUUGGUCUAUAGUUUAUUCCCUUCGCUGAUCGGGCGACUGUAGGGAGCUUCAACUCAAUCGCCAACCUAUCAACCACUACUCCUGAGCAACAUUCUCACCAUCAUCAGCUGCGACAGCUGCAAUCAACUGUCGCCGGAACUGCUGCUACUGUUGGGUGCGCGCGCGUACGUGUGUGUGUGCAUAUGUGUUGGCCUUCAAACUGUUUCCAGCGCUGAGCUUCCGCAAUAACACUGCACCGGGGACGAGCACGAUCGUCACCAAGCCACCCACGCGAUGGCACGAUGCAAGAUCGAUUUCGGAGAAUGCCUCAAGGAUUCACCAAACUUCCGGCUGCGUAUCGAGCAGGAAGAGGCGGAGAUUGAGCAUCUAGAGGUGCGGCUGGAGAAGAUCAUCAAGGCGUGCAGCGUGGCGGUAGACAGCGGCAAGGAGUACAUCCGCAACCAGAGCACCUUCGCCACCUCGCUGUGGGACCUGCAGCGCCACUUUCAGGACGACAAGAGCUCGACCAAUGCGCUGGCACAGCUGAUCCAGUUGCUGCAGGAGAUGAACAAGUUCCACACGACGCUGCUGGACCAGGCCAACCGGACCGUGCUGAAGCACCUGACCGGCUUCCUGAAGCGCGACAUACGCGAGGUAAAGGAGUAUCGGCAGAUCUUUGGCAAGGUGUCGGAAAACCUCGACGCUGCCGUCUACCGGAACGCCCAGGUCAACCGGAACCGGGCGGCGGAUGUGCUCGAGGCGGAGAAUUUGCUGUCCGCCACGAAGAGCUGCUUCAGCCACACCGCGCUCGACUACGUCAACUACAUCACGCUGCUGCAGAGCCGCAAGCGGCACGAGGUGCUGGCUACCCUGCUCAGCUACCUGCAGGCGUGCAGCACCUACUUCCACCAGGGCUCGGAUCUGUGCGAGGACUACAGUGCGUUCUUCAAGGGGUUGGACGAUGAGAUCGAGCAGAUGCGGUCGGAAUACGCAACCCUGGAUAAGCAGAUGCAAAACCGGCACACGUGCGUCGUCGAGCAGGCAUCGUACGAGCGUGGUGUGGACGGGACGGAAUCGCAAAAUGCAGACGCGUCCCUGGCAUCUAGCGGCGAGGGGAAACCGUCAUCGGUUGCACCGUCAACGAGCAGCGGAGAUCGAGCACCGAGCUACAUGGAGGGUUACCUCUUCAAGCGCACCUCGAAUGCCUUCAAAACGUGGAACCGGCGGUGGUUCUGCAUGUGCGACAACCAGCUCUUCUACCGGAAGCGAUCGGGCGAGGAGCUACCGACCAUGAUGGAGGAGGACCUGCGGCUCUGCACCGUCCGGCCACUCGCCGACUCGGAUCGAAGAUUUUGCUUCGAAGUCAUAUCGCCCACCAAAUCGCACAUCCUACAGGCCGACUCGGAAGCGAUGAUGAACGCCUGGAUUAAGGCACUGCAGAUCGGUAUCGAUUCCGCCAUCCAGCACUACAACCCGAUUCCAAUGAAUCGAAACCGCGAAGGAGGUGGAUUGCGCACAACUUCGGGCGUGACCCGCCCGCUGCCAGGAGGAGGCGGCUCCUUCGCUGGCGGUAGCGGUGGUAGUGGUGCACUGGAAUCAGGCGGCAAGGGUCCUGGUAACCGGAAGGGAUUCAAAAAGAUCAACUGGACGCAGAUGCUGAAGAUCCCCGGUAACAGUCGGUGCGCAGACUGCGGCAACGGUGAGCCCCGAUGGGCGUCUAUCAACCUGGGCAUCACGCUCUGCAUCGCAUGCUCCGGUGUUCACCGCAGCCUCGGUGUGCACUACAGCAAGGUUCGGUCGCUCACGCUGGACGAAUGGGAACCGGAGAUACUGCGCGUGAUGAUCGAGCUCGGUAACGACGUGAUCAACCGGGUGUACGAGGGUAAUGCGGCACGGAUAGCGCGGUUCGAGCGGGCCACCGAUAACUGUGAGAUUGCGGUACGCGAGGCGUGGAUACGGGCCAAGUACAUCGAGAGGCAGUUUGUAGCCCCGCUUGAUGGAGACGGUGUCGGCUUGGGACUGUCGGACCCGGGUGGAGCGAACAGCAGCAGUACCUCGUCGUCGACGCUCUCGUUCAAGAGUCUCGGUGCCGACAGCUCCAAGUUUCCGGAGAAGUGGAGCAUCAAGAAGCUUCGACGACGCAGCUACCGUCAGCUGCUGCGACCAAAAUCAAAAAUGAUAGCGGGAGUCGCGGCGGGAGAUGCUAAAGGGGGGGAUGCCGCCCAGUUGACACCGGUGACGGAUCUCGAUGCGGAUGAGCACCGUGAGGCACCGGAGGGCGAAGGUAAUGACGUUGGUGAGCCCAGCGAUAGCACUGGGAACGGUGAGGGUACGAGCCCGGACGCGGAUGAGAAGGAUGUGAAGGAGGGUCUGCCAAAGCAGUUCGCCGACAUACUGCUGAUCGGGGCGAACAUCGUCACCGAGGACCAUCAGCUGCCGGACGAGGAUUUACUGCUGCUCAACUCUGACCAGGAGUCGACGAGCGGCGAGGAGGACAAUUCGAUCAUGGAGUGCGAGGAUCUGGAGCGCCUCUGCCCGAACUAUCUGCUGUACAAGGCCGCUUCCGGGCACAAUCUGCCAGUGAUGAGCCAGGCGCUGGCGCUUGGUGCGGACAAGAACUGGACGAACGGGGACCAGGCCGAUCGGACGGCGUUGCACGCGGCCAUCCUCUCGGGCUCGGUGAUGGCGUGCGAGUACCUGCUGCUGAAUGGGGCCGCCAUCAAUGCGACCGAUCGACACGGUCGCACCGCGCUCCACAUGGCCACCGACCAGGGUUCGGCAGCACAGGCCUACCUGCUGCUGAAGCACAAGGCUCGGUACGAUAUCGCGGAUGCGGAGGGACGCCGACCGAUCGACAUUGCGGUCGAGAAGGAGGAUGCGGACAUCGUGACCCUGCUGCGGCUCACGCUGCUGAACGAUGAGAUCAGUGCGGGCGAGGACGGUGGCAGCUACACCGGUGUUGACGUUACGUACGCGGAGGUGAUGAACGAGUUCUCGCACCUCGCCAGCAACCAACCGCAGCGCAUACAGCGCACUCAGCGCCAAUUACAGCACCAGCUGCAGCAGCAACAGCAACACCAGGAAGAGCUACAGCUAUUCCGGCAACAGGAAGCAGAGCUACUAGCGCGCCAAAGGGAAGCCUUAUCGUUAGCGGCGGACAGUGACCAGCGCACUGACGUCCCUGUCACAGAUCUCGAUGUACCAAACAGUUGGCAAGCGAAACCGUCGUGAAUCGCGAGCGUUGGUGACCGAGAUCGAGACCGAGACACAGAAGCAACCAAAAUCGACACACCCCUCCUUCUGUUUCCCUGGUUUUCUCCUUUUCAGCGCCAACAGACCUCUAGCUCCACAGGGGACGGUUGGCAAGCGAAACCGUCGUGAAUCGCGACCGUUGGUGACCGAGAUCUCCCAUGGAAACUUUUACUAUCGGAUCACUAUCGAACUAUCGUCACUAUCGAAUCUAUCCAUAACACAAGGGGGGGCGGGCAAAGCAUAAGUUUUUAGAAAAGAGCUGGCCGCACGCUAUUUCUCCGUUUUCCCUUAUGUUUCCGUUGUGUUGUUUGUGAAUCUCGGGCACGUUAUUAGCUGUGCAGUGUGAAGCAGCUGCAGCUAUGCAGUUGUUUCCGUGGGCUCGAUGUUUCCUUUUUUUUUGUAACAUUCUGUUCUUGCGGCGCGAAUCUUUGUGGUUUCAACUAUCGUAUUCCUAUUUAAACAUAGCUAAAAAGCUCUCACAUUAACCGUUUAUAGCGUAAACAUGGAUGACGUUUGUUGGCUUAGAACGUUGUUAUAGAUAUUAUAUAUACACCUAGACUGGUAUCCCGAAAACGAACAGCAAAAUCCAUAGGAACUGCUACCAUUACAAACCGCAGCAUUGCCCCUAGGCCUUUGGCAACCUAGUUUCGCAACAGUCAAUUGAGCGUUUUCCAUUCCAGACCUGUCUCGUAUUUCUGCCUUCACAAUCUGUUUUCCUCAAGUGUGUCUUACUUUCUUAGCCAAAAAAAAAGGGAAAGGAAUCACCAAAGUAAUACGAUAACAACAAGAGAAAACAAUCCAAUCAUUUACUUCCGACAUUGUUUAUUGGACAGCCGCACACCAUAGCAAGGUUGCCAGAAAAUUUUCCGGUAACACGUACAGAGAUAUUGGUAUUAUACUAUGUUGUAGCGUUAAUAUAUAUGUACAUGUUGAAGAAAAUCAAAAGUUUGUGUUUGCUUUUUGGUG